AUGUCAGCUGAAGAGUCUAGGACCGUCCUCGUCCAAGAAGAAUCCGGCGAUGCUCGGCCUCUGAUCGACCGGAGUGGAUUUGAUUGCCGUUCUGGAAUUUAUAGUUCGGUCCAUCAGCUUCCCGAUCAUCUCAAAGUUCCCACUGAUCCGGACCUUGACAUUGCUUCAUUUGUGUUAUCUCAGUUCCCUAAUCCUUGUGUUGCCGAAUUAAAACCCGCAUUCAUCGAUUCAGCAACAAACCAGAAACUCACAUACGCUCAACUUCAUAGAUCGAUCCAGUCGCUUGCCGUUGGUCUUUACCGACUCGGAGUCCGGAAAGGCGACGUUGUGUUUCUUUUAUCCCCUAACUCACUCUUGUACCCUACAAUAUGUAUGUCAAUAUUCUCAAUAGGUGCAGUACUCUCGCCUGCCAAUCCAAUCAAUACCCCUUUGGAAAUAGGUAAACAAGUACUCGACUGUGAUGCAAAGCUCGUGAUUUCAGCUCCGAAAGAGUUGCACAAAUUCAAACGAAUUCAGGUGCCUACAAUUGUCACAUCUCGUCCAUCAAAAAACAAUGAUUUGAUAUCGAUAGAAGAAUUAAUCGAAUGUGGCGAUGGAGACGAAGUACCUGAAAUUAAGAUUAAACAAUCUGAUACAGCGGCGAUAUUAUACUCUUCAGGUACUACAGGAACAAGCAAGGGUGUCGUAUUAACGCAUUCGAAUCUAAUAGCAACGGCUAGACUUGUAAGAUGGUAUGCAGAAGGAACUUCUUCUCUGAACGACAUAUUUUUGGGGUUCAUACCGAUCUUCCACAUAUACGGGCUCGGGUUUUUCGGAUUCGGACUACUUUGUUGCGGUACCACUACCGUGUUAAUGCAAAUAUAUGAUUUCCAGGAAAUGGUGAAAGCAAUUGAGGUUCAUAAAGUUAACAACAUUGUUGCAGUGCCCCCAGUGGUUCUUGGCCUAGUGAAGAACUGCAAAGGCAAUAGUAGGCUGUCCACGGUGAGAAGGAUCGGUUCUGGAGCUGCACCCUUGAGCAAGGAAGUGAUCGAAGCAUUCAGAUCUCAGUUUCCGUGGGUGGAGCUGAGGCAAGGGUACGGGCUAACCGAAAGCUGCGGUGCCGCAACCGCAUUCGUGUUGGAUGGAGCCGAGGCUCAUCCCGGGUCAUGCGGGGCGCUGUUUCCAACUUUAAGUGCCAAGGUGGUUGAUAUUGAAACAGGUUUGGCCUUGGCACCUUGCAAGGAAGGAGAGCUAUGGUUAAAAGGCCCUCCAAUCAUGAAAGGCUACUUUAGAAACGAGGAAGCAACAAAUGCAACGUUGGAUAAAGAUGGAUGGCUUAAAACUGGGGAUCUGGGUUAUUUUGAUGAGAAUGGUUUUCUUUAUAUUGUUGAUAGGAUAAAGGAGCUUAUUAAGCACAAUGGGUAUCAGGUUGCACCAGCAGAAUUGGAGGCAGUGCUUUUGAGCCAUCCCAAUAUAUUGGAUGCAGCAGUUAUACCGGUCGAAGAUGAAGACUCUGGGCAGAUACCAAUGGCGUAUGUGGUAAAAGUAUCUUCUUCUCAACUCACUGAGGAACAAGUCAUUCAGUUUGUGGCUGCCCAGGUAGCUCCUUACAAGAAAGUGAGAAGAGUGGAAUUUAUAGAUGCCAUCCCAAAGUCAGCAGCUGGAAAAAUCUUGAGAAAGCAGCUCAUUUCACAAACUCAACGCACGAUUCGCUCCAAGUUAUAACUUUUAUAUCUUC